AUGGAAUCUAACAACGAUGAGAAAUCUAAAGCUUUUCAUCCUUUUGACAUUAAUUCAUUACGUCACUCCCGGUGUUUUGGAGGCAUUGAAAACGGGAUCAAUAAUCCUAUGCACCUAUCUAAUCAAUCGAUUCCUUAUCCUCCUGUUGCGUCUGGCAGUCAGAUGGCGUCGGUGACGGGAAACGCUAGCGCCGAGAGGAGUAAGCUCUUUCAAGGCGAAAAUAGAGCGUCAUUUGGGUAUGUAUUGCAGGAGUCCUCUCCAGCCAUUGAGGCGACGAUUGAUCCUGAUCCGGACUGUCUAAUGAUCACACCCGUCUCGACCCGACAAAACUCCCAGAACUUACUAGACGCGGGUUACUGUCAAUGCCAAAGAGGUUCUCGUACAACUGACAACCGCGCUGGACAUUCACGUGCCCUGCCUCUACGCCAUGUUUCUGGCAGUUGUCUUCCCACUAUUGCUAUGAUGCUAAAUAACUCUCCAUCAGAACGGGUCCCCAUAAAUUCAAUGGGGAUUUACACACCGUCUAAAUCAACGCUGGAUAAUAGGAUGUCCAUUUCGGAUGCCUCAGAUAGUACAAUCGUUGCACCUGUAUCAAUUCCUGAGCAGCGCUACUUCCUCUUGAAUACCCUCUACCAAGUAUGCCUAGAUGCCACCACCACUUACAUUCGCGCUCUUCCAAAUACAUCUUCUACCGGUAUCAGAUACGAGCGAAACCGUUCAUAUUCCCACCGGUAUCAUCCAUACCGUGGUAAAGGACGAGAAAGGUCAUACAACGAUGAUCAUUCCAAGACUCUCAUGGACAAUAUCGAAGUAAUCAGUACAUUCCUAUGGAGAAAGGCCAGAAGAGAUCAGAUGGCACCUCAUCGAGCUGAAUCAGAUGCGGCCAUGGAUAUGAACAAUCUUUAUAAAUGGGGAGAAAACUUGGUCGAUGGUAUGGAAGAAAGAGCCAGGACUGAGGGAGCGCGAACGGCAGUAUUGAAUGCGGCUUCAGCGAUGUGUGAGUGGUUGAGAAUUGCGGAAGCUUGUACUUUAUGUAAAGAGAUUGAAGGAGAGCUGAGGGGUCUCACGAAUUUAGAAAUGGAACGCGCGAGACAGGAAAAUGGUGAGGAUGGUGAUAUUCUCUGA